AUAUCGUUAGUUAAGAUGCAAAGCCUCGUAUCCCACUAUUUUGCCAAAAUCAAGAAACUUUGUCAACAGCUUGGAUUUCCAUCUGCGCACUUCCCUGCAAAAUAUUGUAUCCCACAACCCAAAAUUAAAUAAGUUAUUCAACAAAAACAAAAUCACCUAUCCCACUCAAUAAAUUGCAAUUUCUUGUAAGCCAUCCUAUGUGGCUUACAUGGUCUUGCAAGGCUUGAUUGAAAACUUGUAUCCCACAUUUCUGAAUUGAAUGGUGGGUUAACAUCUUUUCACAUGAGUGCAAAACCUCGUAACCACCAACAGCUGAUGUGUUUUAUAGGUUAGUUUAUUCAGUUUUGUUAGCGUGUUCCAUGUUUACGGUGGUAUAAGGUCUAAGGUUUAUUUGCUGUGACAGUUACAUGAUUGUAUUUCAGUACUUUACUGUUUUAAAAAAUGGAUAAGUCAAGAAGAGGAUGGAAAAUGUUGAAACUGGCAGUCCCAGAUAUUAAACAAAUACAAGAAUGCGAGAACAUUGACUUAGAAAGUGAUUGCAACAUUUCCUUGAAUGAAGGAGUUGAAGCUGAAGUAGAUCUGCCAGUAAUUCAACUUGCGCCUACUCAACAUGAGGACUUGAUGAAAUCAGAAGAUUUUGAAAGCAGAGAGGGUGAAGCAGAUAUUCCAUAUGAGACUUUUCUGAAUGAAAUAAUUCAAAAUGUGGAUCAAAAUGUUGAAAUUCUCAAUUGUGAUGAAUUUGAAGAUUUGAGAGAUGGCCAGAAUGUUGAACUUGGAUCUACACAAGUUGACUGUUCAAUGGAAACACAUGAUUUUGAAAGCAGACCUGUUGAAGCUGAAUUUCAAUGUGAUACUUCUCCAAAUGAAGUCACCGAAAAUGUGGAUGAAAAUGUUGAAAUUCUUAACUGUGAUGAAUUUGAAGAUUUGAGAGAUGGCCAGAAUGUUGAACUUGCAUCUACACAAGUUGGCUGUUCAAGGGAAGCACAUGAUUUUGAAAGCAGGCCUGUUGAAGCUGAAUUGCAGUGUGAUACUUCUCCAAAUGAAGACACCGAAAAUGUUGAUACAAAUUCUGCAAACUUCAGUUCUGAUGAAUAUGGAGACUUGGAAGAGGGCCGAAAGAGGAAGAAGAAUUCAUGCCCUGACAGUUGGAAGAGACAGAAAAAUAAAAAAUUGCGGAUGCAUGGAGAAGAGUACAUAGGUUUCCGUAAAGAAAAGGAUUCUGGAAAAAUCAUUCAAGAUGUCACCCGGAAGGAACGAAAACUAGGUCCAAGGUGUGAUUCGAAUAUGUGUAAAAGAAGUGGUUUGAGAAAGUGUGAUGAAGUGUCAGAAGAAGUACGACAGACUCUAUUUAAUAAAUUCUGGAAACAUUUCAAUUGGGAUCAACGAAAAGUUUUUGUCACCAAUAAUGUAAUUCGUUGUGAUCCAAAAAGACGGUACACUAAAUCCACAGAUUCCAGGAGAGGGUGCACUUUCUUGUAUCACAUUGUUGUUGACAAUGCCAGAGUACCUAUAUGUAAGAAACUUUUCUUAAGUACUCUUGGACUUGGAGAGUUCCAGGUAUUAUCAUGGUGUAAGGCUAAUACUAUUGGCAUGCCAACAUCUAAGGAUGUUAUGAAUGAAACUAGACCCAAAAGGUCAGAACCUUUACAGGAAAAGGCAUUUCUCUUGAAAUUCUUUGAUGAUUUAGCAAAACUUCCUUCGCACUACUGCAGAAGAGACUCAAAUAAGCACUAUCUUGAUCAAACAAUACCUUCUAUUACACAUCUAUACAACAUUUACGUGGAUAAAUGCAAAAAUGUUACCAAGCAACCAUUAUCAAGAAGAACCUUUGAUGACGUCUUCCAUGGGAAAAAUCUUUCCAUCAUGUCACCUAAAAAAGAUAAAUGUGAUAUUUGCUGUAAAUUUGAAGUUGGAAAUCUCGAUGAAAGGGCAUACGAAGAGCAUAGAGAAAAGAAGGAAAGAGCUAGAGAGGAGAAGACUUCCGACAAGAAAGCUGCGUCAGAAGGUAAAUGUACACUUCUUAUGAUGGACUUACAAUCAGUUAAGGUGUGCCCAAGUCUUCAAGCCAGUGCUGUAUAUUAUAGGACAAAGCUCUGCUGUCAUAAUUUCACAGUGAUGAAUGUUGUGAGUAAGCAUGUGAUGUGCUACUGGUUUAGUGAAGUGGACACUGACUUGACAGCAUCUUCUUUCGCGAGCUGUCUCACAGAUUAUAUUGACAAAUAUUGUGAGAAUGAAAAGGAGAAGGUAAUUGUAUUUAGCGAUGGAUGCACUUACCAAAAUCGGAAUGCUGUUAUGGCAAACGCGCUUCUCAGCUUGUCAGUAAGAAAGAAGAUAAUAAUAGAACAAAAAUAUCUCGAAAAAGGUCACACUCAGAUGGAGUGUGACUCUGUGCACAGCUCUAUUGAAAGAAAAUUGAAAUUGAGUAGAGAAAUCUAUUUACCUAGUGACUAUGUCUCAGUCACUAAGGAUGCUAGACGUUCUCCUUCUCCAUACAAUGUCGUGUGGAUGGAGUAUGAUUCAUUCAAGAAUUAUGCUGACAGAAAGCUCCAAGUUUUUGCUAGUAUUCGCCCUGGGAGCUCUAAUGUGGUCACCGAUUUACGAGGUCUCAGAUACCUUCCCACAAAUGAUGUUUUCUACAAACUAAAUUUUGAUGAAGAAUGGAAAAUCUUGCCUCAGAGAAAAAUCAAACAAUCUCCUACAUUUGAAUGGCCACAAUUAAAUGAUAAAAAAAGGAAAAUCAGUUUUCAAAAAUGGAAGCAUUUACAAGAACUGAAAAGUGUUAUCCCAUCACAUUGCCACAGUUACUAUGAUUCUUUAGAACAUGAAUAGAAUUUAUUCUAAGGAAUUCUAAGUUAUUCAUUUAUUUCGUAUGUCAUGUAAUAAUGGUAUUUGAUAGGAAUUGAAUACCAAAUUAAAAAUAGUGAAUUGUCAGUAGGUACUAGGCUAUAACCAAUGAAUGAAAUUAUUCAGACUGGUUUCUCCCCUCAUUUAUCCACAAAAAUUAAAUCUAGCUUUUUUAUAAUGUACUUGAUUAUGAAUUUCUACUUUUUUCUUACAGUGUUUUCUUAUUUUAGUGUCCUAAACUUCGAGAAUUUAAAUUUAUUUAUUUUCUUAAGAAUCUAAGUUAUUCAUUUAUUUUGUAUGUCAUGUAAUAGUAUUCAAUAGGAAUUUAAUACCAAAUUUAAAAUAGUAAAUUGUAAUUAGAUACUAGGCUAUAACCAAUGAUGAAAUUAUUCAGACUGGUUUCUCUCUUUGUUUAUUCAUAAAAAUUCAAUUAAGCUCUUUUAUAAUGUUCUUGGAUAUGAAUUUCUACUCUUAUCUUGUAGUGUUUUCUCAUUCUAGUGUUCUAAACUUCAAGAAUUUCAAUUUGUAUUUUACAUUCAGUUUGAACUAGGGAAUUUGAGUUCUAUUUCAAUCAAAUCAAUACAUGUGCUUGUUCUUUUCAAUUAAAUGUAUUCUAAAACAUUAUUUUUUGUAUUCAUUUAUCUUGAAAACUGAAUUGUUAUUCCAUUAAGAUUUCAAGUCUAGUAGAAUAAAGGGUUGCAAAACAUUGUAAGCCACACUAUAGUGCCAAAUCCUGAAUAGCAGUUUCAUGUAACCCACAUAAAAAAUUUAAAUUUACUUUUAUAGAUGAAAUGACUGCCUGAAUUAUUAAGAAACUUGAAAAUAGUAAAACACAAGGAAAAACUUUGAAAAAAUAUGAAAAGUAAAUGAAUUGUAUAGUUAUUUUUGAUUCCUGGAAAAUAUGAUACUUGUGGUUUACGAGAGUUUGCAUCUUAAGUGACGAUAUUA